GAAUGAAAGAAGCCGAGAAUCAUGCCAUGCCGGAAAGGGGCUCGUUCCCGGCUUGGAUGCUACUGUUGAUCAGCCAUUUCCCGAUCUUCGGUGACUUCUACAGUAUUACUGCUUACCCCAACGGUGGUACAACGAUAGUGCCAAGAUGUCACGAUGGGAGGGGCAGUAUCUGAAUUUUCGAGGAACCAGAAUCAUGUAAGGCUCGAAAAACAGAGCGCUAAACGUGAUUAGA